AUGCCCCUCAAGUCUCUUUUCAACCUCUCCUUGACUGCUGGCGCGAAUCAAAGCGGUUUCCUUCCCGAAGUAUCCGAAGAAUUUCCGCCCGUCUCGGAUGGGACCACCGCCCAGCUGGUGAUCCGCUGCGUGAUCCCGUCCCUCUACCUGCUCAUCAUCACGGUGGGUUUGCUGGGCAACAUCAUGCUCGUGAAGAUCUUCAUCACCAACAGCGCCAUGAGGAGCGUCCCCAACAUCUUCAUCUCUAACCUGGCGGCCGGCGACCUGCUGCUGCUGCUCACCUGCGUCCCGGUGGACGCCUCGCGCUACUUCUCUGACGAGUGGAUGUUUGGCAAGGUGGGCUGCAAACUGAUCCCGGUCAUCCAGCUCACCUCCGUGGGAGUUUCCGUGUUCACACUCACUGCGCUCAGCGCCGACAGGUACAGAGCCAUUGUAAAUCCCAUGGACAUGCAGACGUCAGGGGCCGUGCGGUGGACCUGUGUGAGAGCCAUGGGCAUCUGGGUGAUCUCUGUGCUGUUGGCGAUUCCCGAAGCCGUGUUUUCAGAAGUGGCGCGCAUCGGUAGCUUGGACAAUAGCAGCUUCGCCGCGUGUAUACCCUACCCUCAGACGGAUGAAUUACAUCCCAAAAUUCAUUCAGUGCUCAUUUUCUUAGUCUAUUUCCUCAUACCACUUGCUAUUAUUAGUGUUUAUUAUUAUCAUAUUGCAAAGACCUUAAUUAGAAGUGCACAUAAUCUUCCAGGGGAAUACAAUGAACAUACCAAAAAACAGAUGGAAACACGGAAACGCCUGGCUAAAAUCGUGCUGGUGUUUGUGGGCUGCUUUGUCUUCUGUUGGUUUCCAAAUCACGUCCUCUACAUGUAUCGGUCUUUCAACUAUAAGGAGAUCGACCCAUCUCUGGGCCACAUGAUUGUCACCUUAGUUGCCCGGGUUCUCAGUUUUAGCAAUUCUUGUGUCAAUCCGUUUGCUCUUUACCUACUCAGUGAAAGCUUCAGGAGGCAUUUCAAUAGCCAGCUCUGCUGUGGCAGAAAGUCCUACGGAGAGAGAUCAACCAGCUACCUCCUCAGCUCUUCGGCAGUGCGUAUGACAUCUCUGAAAAGCAAUGCUAAGAACACGGUGACUAAUUCUGUUUUACUAAAUGGGCACAGUGUGAAGCAGGAAAUGGCACUGUGA